CGUGAUCACCCUGGCCCCCUCUCCCAUCCCAUCGCAUCUCCUCCUACUUAUUUAAGCUCCUUUAUAUAUACGAUCACCCUCCGCUUCACUUCAACUACUACUACUACACCUCUUGAUCUCUCUCUUGGCUCUUAAAUUAAUCUUUUAUCAUGGGUGAAUCCUCUGCUUCCUACAUUAGAAUGGUAAAGAUAGCAUCCUUAGUGCAACACUUGAUAGAGAAGUGCCUCCUUUUCCACAUGAACAAGGAGGAGUGCAUGGAAGCCCUUAACAAGCACGCCAACAUCAUGCCGGUCAUCACUUCAACCGUUUGGACGGAACUGGUGAAGGAGAACAGGGAGUUCUUCGAGUCGUACGCAAGAGGCAGAGAGGAGCGAGCUUUGGAGAUGGAGACGAUGCAGAGGAUCCAGAGGAUGCUCCAAGAAACAGCGGCCAGAGAUCCCGACGACGACUAACUCCUCACUCCCAAGAACUCAGGACUCAAAAACAUCCGUCCUCCUCCAACCUGCGGCCAGGAGAUCGCUAGCGGUCACUGGUCUCCCGUCUGUUAAUGCUAGAUUCCUAGUGGCAGGAUCUCGUAAAUAACUAGAAUAAAAAUUCAUGCUUGUACAAAGCUGAUGUCUCUGUUGAUCGGGACCGGGGGCUGCGUUCUUUACUGUACACGUGGCAGCGUUGUAUUCCUCGGUUAGCGACGGCUCGUGAGCCGUGACGCCUGUCGACUCGCGGGCCUUUGAUGAUGGCUCAUGAACUAUAAAGGCCAUGGUGCAGGAGAGUUGCAUGCAUAUAUUGUACAAAUAGAAUGCAUAAUUUGAAGUGAGUGAAAGCAACAUUCCAUCGAGAAGAAACUUCUGGUUUUAGAUAAAAAUAUUUUCACAUGCCUCAUUAGAUCGUGAUAAUAGCAAUUGAUCACGUGAACAAUGUUUGUCGAGUGCAGAUUCCGUCAGAAUUGGCGGUGGGAUCACGCACGCAGCUCUAGCUAGCCCCGCUUGGUUUGGGUGUUGGGUAAAAAUCCCUCGCUAUCUAGCUCAAAAUGCUCUGCACCGAGCGGGGUGUUCUGAUAAGAUAUGCGCUCAUGCUUAUUUGCUUCUAAACAUUCUCAAAACAAAGAAAAUUUAAAUACCAUAGUGAAACGAAAAGAAAAAAAAGAAGUUUCUUUAAACAUAUUGUUGACAAUGCAAUUUUCUUCAAAAGUUCUUUUUAAUGGGGGUAACUCUGUCAACUAUGACUAGUCAAAAAUAAAAAUAAAAAACAACACAGAAGGAAGAGAUAAAUAUCUUAGAUAAAUACAACACUUUCGAAAAGUAAACCGUAUAAUUUGUUAACGAUUGUUAAUAGAAUUGAAGGAAUUAUUCAAUAAUUUUUGGAGUUAAUUAGCACUUACAUAUCUAAUAUUUCACACUCUGCAAAUAUAUUUUCUCAUCAUCUAUUUUUUUGCAGCUCUACCCGGAAGUUUUUUAAGAUUUGCACUUUAAUACAUUCUUUUUAUGCAAACCUGAGAAUAUUCCCCAAAGAUCCCAUUGGACACACAAAUGCUUUGAUGCUCCGAA